ACUUGUGUAGACAGCUAUACAGCGACUGGUCCUGUUCCACGUUGUAUUAGCAGGAAGAGAGUUUUGUUGACCGUCCUCUGGUGAAGUUGGUGCUGUGUAAUUCACACAUGUAGACCUGCUGAGCAGCAUGGAGCUACAGUAGCACACGCUUCGUACGCAGCCCGCAGGAGGAGCCAACACCUGGGUGUACAAACUACUCGCAGCGAUGUCAGUAAACCGGUGUAUGUAUUUGUUUUCUCGACUUCAACGCCACAUUAGGACCCGGACUACAAGCACCACUGCUGGCACCUGUCAUGCGUCUUCUGGGUCUGGUUUCUUACACAAACAACGUCAGGCGGGCUCGGUGGUUUGCAGCAUCCACGUUUCAUCCAACAGCUCUUCUCAAAAACCUCCAGACACGUCUCUGUUUGUCCCCAUCUCUCUGAAGACGGACUGCUCGGGAGAUGGGAGUGUGGGACUGGAGCUGACGCAACCACUUCAUAAAAGUGAAUUGUUGAAAGUUCUGAAUCGGUUUUAUAAGAAGAAGGAGAUGCAGAAGAUGGCAUCAGACCAUGGCCUGGAUGCUCGUCUGUUCCACCAGGCCUUCAUUAGCUUCAGGAAGUUUGUCCUGGAAGUUACAUCACUCCCCGCUGAUCUGCACAUCAUCCUUAGUGACAUCUGCUCUGGAGCAGGUCAUGUUGAUGACAUCUACCCGUACUUUAUGCGUCAUGCCAAGAUAAUCUUUCCUAUGCUGGACUGUAUGGAUGACCUGAGAAAGAUCUCAGACCUCAGAGUCCCUGCUAACUGGUACCCUGAGGCUCGUGCCAUCCAAAGGAAGGUGAUUUUCCAUGCUGGUCCCACUAACAGUGGGAAAACCUACCACGCCAUCCAGCGCUACCUGGCUGCUAAGUCGGGAGUCUACUGUGGCCCCCUGAAAUUACUGGCCCACGAGAUCUUUGAAAAGAGCAACAAUGCUGGUGUGCCAUGUGACUUGGUUACUGGAGAGGAGAGGACCUUCAUGGACUCAGACGGUCGAGCAUCUGGUCAUGUGGCCUGUACCAUUGAGAUGUGUAGUGUCAACACACCUUAUGAGGUGGCUGUAAUCGAUGAAAUACAAAUGAUCAGAGAUCCUUCCAGAGGCUGGGCCUGGACCAGAGCACUGCUGGGUCUCUGCGCAGAGGAGAUCCAUGUGUGCGGUGAACCCGCAGCCAUUGACUUUAUCAGAGAGCUGAUGUACACCACUGGAGAGGAGAUGGAGGUCAACACCUACCAGCGGUUAACUCCAUUCAAAAUUUUGGAUCAAGCCGUGGAGUCAUUAGAUAACUUGAGACCAGGAGAUUGCAUCGUUUGCUUCAGUAAAAAUGACAUUUACUCCAUAAGCAGACAGAUUGAGGCCAGAGGACUGGAAUGUGCUGUAAUUUAUGGGAGUUUACCACCAGGCACCAAGCUGUCACAGGCCAAGAAGUUCAAUGACCCUGAUGACCCCUGUAAGAUACUGGUUGCUACAGAUGCUAUUGGCAUGGGCCUUAACCUGAGUAUAAAACGUAUAAUCUUCAACAGUCUGAUAAAGCCUAAUGUUAAUGAGAAAGGGGAAAAACAGAUGGAGACCAUCAGCACAUCACAAGCGCUGCAGAUAUCUGGCCGCGCAGGGAGGUACGCCUCCAAGUUUACAGAGGGAGAAGGUACCACCAUGCACCGAGAUGAUCUGCCUGUUCUGAAGGAAAUACUCAGCCACUCUGUAGACCCCAUAGAGACUGCAGGUCUCCAUCCUACAGCAGAGCAGAUAGAGAUGUUUGCCUAUCAUUUACCUGAUGCUACACUGUCAAACCUUGUCGACAUAUUUGUCAGCCUCUCUCAGGUGGACGGUAUGUUUUUUGUCUGCAACAUUGACGACUUCAAGUUUCUGGCUGAUAUGAUUCAGCAUAUUCCACUAAACCUGAGGUCCCGCUACGUUUUCUGCACUGCACCCAUCAACAAGAAACAACCUUUUGUAUGCACCUCCUUCCUAAAGUUUGCCCGUCAGUUCAGUCGAGACGAACCCCUGACAUUUGACUGGGUAGGUCGCCAUGUCAGCUGGCCUCUGUCUGCACCCAAAAACAUAAAAGACCUGGUUCACUUGGAAGCUGUUCAUGAUGUGUUAGAUCUGUACCUCUGGUUAAGCUACCGUUUCAUGGACAUGUUCCCAGACACGGCCUUGGUUCGGGAAACCCAGCAGGAACUUGAUGAUAUCAUACAACAGGGCGUUCGAAAUAUCACCCGUCUCAUCAGAGCCACUGACCCACUACAGACACAAGGCAGCAGGGGUGGACAAGCAGGUGGUAAUAAUGCUAGUGCCAGCAGUAAUCAUUUGACCAACAGCAGAGGUCAAAGGGCACAAAGAGGCUCAGGAGAGAUGGACAGCUCUCUAGCUAGUCGCCUGGUGAGAGACGGGCUGUUGACUCCGGAUUUGCUCCAGCAGCUUCAGAAGGAGUGGUCUAAAGAUCAAAAGCUGGAAUUCAUCAAUCAGAGCGCUCUUGAUACAGAACCUCACAAUAAUAACAAUAAAGGGAAAAGAAAAAAGAAGAAGAAAUGAAUGAAAUGCACGUGGUCAACACUUGAGAUUAAUGACUGAUAUGUCAUUGGACAUGGAUUAAAGGACUCACAGAAUCACUAUUAAAAUAAUUUAAAUCUGUCAAAUUAGCCCAACAACAAACUUUACUGCCCUCACUUGGAUUUGGCUGACAAAAAAUAGACCCAUUGUUGUGGGACAUCCUGCCUGACCCACAUGCCCGCCGUUGUCUUGUAGACUGACUAGCAACAUUUUGGUCCACACAAUGUUUCAGUGCCCUAACCCCCAACCCACUCUGUGACCAGGACACACUUUAACAUGCACUGUUUGUGUGUGUUAUACAGGUCAGGAAUCAGUUUGCUUUCAUCUUGCUCAGUGGACUCAAAUGUAAAUCCUCAGAAAAAGCACGAACAUGUAUCCAUCUUUGUUAGGCAAUUACUGUUAGUGAAAGUAAUCUGACAUGGACUGCAGUUUUAGUCAACGUUUUAUAUACAUAUAAUUAAGUGCAUCCCUGUUGGUGUCUAUAUAUACAGCUGAAUUGCCAUAUUUUUUCAUGUUUACUUGUAUUUUUAAGGGAAAGAUGUUAGUUGAUUAAAAAUGUACUAAAUGUAUGUUUUAAA